CCGUGCCCGGACCGCAUCAUCGAGGACGCCGGCGGUACUUUCGCCAUGGGCGCCGUGGGAGGUUCUGUGAUCCACCUCCUCAAGGGCCUCCACAACUCGCCCAAUGGCGCGCGAAUAAGCGGCGGCAUGCAGGCCGUGCGGUCGAACGCCCCGCGGAUCGGCGGGAGCUUCGCCGUGUGGGGCACCGUCUUCUCCAUCACCAGCUGCGCCGCGGUCUCCGUGCGCCAGAAGGAGGACCCCUGGAACUCCGUCGUCGCCGGCGCCGCCACGCACGGGUUCCUCCACCUGCGCAUGGGCCUCGGAGUUGCAGGCCGCAGGGCGGUCUAUGGCGGCUGUCUCCUCGCGCUCAUCGAGGGCGGCGCCCUCAUGCUAAAUCGUGUCUUCGACGCAAACAAGAACCCCCCGCCGCGGCCGCGCCCUGCUCAUGACCCCAGCUUGGCCACCGCGGCGACCCCAUGCCCGCCUCGGCCAGCCGUGUCCCCUGCAGACGUCGCGAGCUCGAGCGGUGGGGGUAGCUGGUUUGGCGGCCUCUUCGGCAAGGAGGAGGAGAAGGCCAGCAGCGGCAGUGGCGGCAGGUCGGAGGUAUUAGAAAGCUUUGAGGUACCCAGUCCUCCGGUGCCAUCAUCAUCUGAGUACAAGUGA